AUGGGCGUUGAAUUGAAAGGAAAUGGCCAUGAUGAGCCGCCCAUGAACCCGGAGAUUGCGGUUCCUCUGUUCGUCAUUGCGGUACUAAUCGCCUUGAUAUUUAUAUACAGAACGAUCAUUCGAAUUCAACAUCGCCGACGUUCAAAGCUAGCCAUGCAGACCAAUGACCAGACUCAGCUCUCUCGGACGAGUGGGAGAAUCGCUGGCCUGAAGAAGCAUGUGCUGUACGCACCAUUCUGGGGUAAUCGGCACAGCCGAGAGUUUCGAUUUCUCAGAAUGCAUAUGGGAUCGGUGCCAUUGAGGAUGGAGAUGAUAUUCCUAGUGAUUUAUCUGUGUCUGAAUUUGAUAUUUAUCAUUGUGACAGUUGAUUGGUGGCGAAAUGAUCUCUCUUUGAAGCUAUUUCAACUCAAGUAUGCCGCUGGUCAUCUGGCCGUGAUGAAUACCCCUGGACUGGUUCUGAGUGCAGGCCGGAAUAAUCCAUUGGUUCCAAUGCUAGGACUUUCCUUUGACUCCUUCAACUUCAUGCAUCGCUGGGUUGGGCGUGUUAUUGCAGCGAAUUCUAUCAUUCACAUGAGCAGUGUUCUGGCAAAUCAAGCUUAUAUGAAUGGUAGCGACUACAUUCUUUAUUCAAUUUGGCAAGUGCCAUUUUACAUAUACGGUUUGAUGGCUAUUCUUGGAUUCGUCUUCAUCUGCAUACAAUCAUUAUCGCCUCUCAGACACUCAUUUUACGAAUUCUUUCUUCACUGUCAUAUUGCUCUAGCCAUUAUGUCCUUCGUGGCACUGUGGUAUCAUCUCAAGAAUUUGACACAGCAGCGGGUGCUACUAGGUACUCUGAUUUUGUGGGGUCUCGAUCGUGCCGGUCGCCUCGGAAUCCUUAUCUGGAGAAACUUCAGCAAGCGUCCAACAACCGCUACCGUGGAAGCGCUUCCCGGAUCAGUUGCACGUGUUGAUGUUGAGGUUGCCCGAGCCUGGAACUUCCGUCCAGGACAAUACAUGUAUCUUUACAUUCCCUGCCUUGGCUUAUGGACCUCACACCCUUUCACGGUUGCCUGGACAUCAAACGGAGAGAGCUUCAAUGAGAAACAGAGCUCCAGUGACUCAUUCGCUUCUCUCAUUGGCGGCUCACAGAAGACUACAAUGUCGGUUCUUAUCAAGGGCCAAGACGGCUUCACCAAGAAACUCCUUCGCAAAGUUGAGGAGUCGCCCGAGGGAAGAAUCAAAGUAUUAGCAUUAGCCGAGGGACCCUUUGGUGGGAUUCACUCUUUGGCUUCGUAUGGGAGUCUUCUGCUGAUUGCAGGUGGUAUUGGUAUCACUCAUCCAAUAUCCUACCUGCAUGAGGUGGUAUCAAACUUUGCCUCUCGUAAAACGGCAAUCCGCAAAGUCCACCUGGUGUGGAUGAUUCGAAGUUUGGAUCAUUUAACAUGGGUUCAAACGUGGAUGAUUGAGAUAUUAAGCCACGACGCCUUGAAGAGCUCCAUCAAUUCCACCGGAACUUCAUACUUUCAGUUUCAAGGCUUGAGGCUAUGUAUUGAAGUUCACGUCACAGACCAUAAAGACAAUGUCGAAGAAUAUAUACCUACACCCGAGACACCGUGGACAGAAUGUGCCCCAUCUAGCGUGUCCGUCAGCGUACAAUAUGGGAAACCGUGUUUACGAACAUUGUUAGAGAAUGAAAAAACGGAGCAGGUUGGUGCAUUGGCAGUCAGCGUCUGUGGCCCCGGUUGUCUCGGUGAUAGUGUCCGUGAAGCUGUGCGCAAUGUGCAAGGGGAGAAGACGGUUGAUCUGUUUGAAGAGGCGUUUUCGUGGUGA